AAAUUUACCUGUUUUUCUGUGAACUUAUUAACACUGGUGAUGUUUCCACCUGACAGGAGCUGAGGCGGACCCUGAACGCACCAUGCGGCGCCUCGUCUUCCUGCUGUCCGUCCUGCUGCAGGUGAACCCCUCGCUGCCUUACUCUCUGAAGCACUGCACCGUGUCCUCCUCCAGCUUCGUCCCGGGUCUUUCCGUCACGUGCGCAGAUCGCCAACUCGCCGCCGUUCCUGACGACAUUCCUAAAAAAACGAUCUCCCUCAAUCUCGCCAACAAUCAGAUCCGCGGGAUCAACAGUUCGGCUUUAAACGGCUUUUCAAAGCUCCUGAAGUUAAAAAUGUCCUCAAACUCAAUGUGGAGCAUCGAAGACGGCUCUUUUGCAGACUUGGCGGCGUUAACGGACCUCGACUUAAGUUAUAACAACCUCACGAACCUGACGGACGACAUGUUCCAGGGACUGUCCAGGUUAGCCCGUCUGCAUCUGAAUGAGAACGGGAUCCGGUGCGUCUCGGCGCUCGCCUUCCGGCCGCUCGUCCGCUUACAGGCCGUGAAUCUGACCUCUAACUACCUGCGUCACAUCGCCCAUAUCGUGCCGAUUUUACAGCUGAUAAACUUAUUCAGACUAGAAGCGGGAGAGAACCGCUUCGCCUCUUUAGACUCGGAUGACCUGCCGUUCAACAAGUCCGACCUCAGGACAUUUGUGUUCGGCAUGAAAUCCCUGACGAAGGUGAGCAUUAAAAGAGACGUCUUUCCUCGCCUGCAGUCGCUGCGUUUCUCCGAGUGCAGCCCCGAGUUCGAGUGGCACGUCCCCAACAAGACCUUCCUACGGAGCUUGACUACUCUGUAUCUGAGUGGGACAGUGACGAGUUUUGAAACGUUCAGAAUGAUUGUGCAGAGUGCAGAGUCUGUGGUGUAUCUCCGGCUGAGCGGCAUGGAAAGGUAUUUUGACAAAGGUCUGAUCAGCACCAGCUGCCGGAUUCCUGCUUUAAAGCGUCUCGAUUUGAGUUCUAACCUCAUCUACGCGUUGAACGACACGCUGCUUCAGCCUUGCUCUCAGAUCACUGAGCUGACUUUAGUCGAUAACGCCCUCACCGACCUGUCCGAGAAUUCACUCAAGCCGUUGAAUCGUCUCGUGACGCUACAAGUGGGCUUCAACCUUCUAACCAGAGUGCCGCGUGCCCUCCGAAGCCUCUCGACGCUCACCGUCCUCGAGCUGAAUACGAACGAUAUCAAAGAGAUAGGCUGCUCUGAUUUCCUGAAUUUGACAACAUUGAAGUACCUCACUCUCGCACAAAAUCGCAUUACAACACUCAGAGGAUGUGAAUUCCAAGCCUUGAAGGAUUUGAGAGUUCUCGUUAUUCGAGGAAAUCCAUUGGUUCGCAUUUAUGAAGCCUUCAGCAUCAGUUUGCACAACCUCCGCGUUCUGAAUAUGUCCUUUAGUUUGAUGCCCAAACUCUUUAAAGGAAUAUUCAGGGCUCUGUCUUCUCUCGUGUUUUUAAAUGCUGAGUCUGUGGAUGAUGCCAUCGUAUAUAAUGGGACUUUUGAAGGACUCGAUCGUCUUCAGGUCCUGGUCCUUCAUGCAGAGUCUCUGAGGGAAGACAUGCUCAGAGGACUGACACACUUACAAAAUCUGACACUUAGUUUCCCAGAUCCUGACAAGAGUUUGAGUCGUCAGUUCAACACCGAGCCACCGAUCUUAAACGUACCUUCUUUGAGGUUGCUUACAAUCAAAAACCAAUACAGAUGGGACACCGUUUCACCGUAUCUGCUCCGGGAUAUGAAAUAUUUAGAGUACUUUGCAGCUGAGAACUUCUUCCCUGGGACACCACACCCAGACACGUUUACGUCCACGCCUCGCCUGACACGUCUCCGGAUAUUCGGCAGUGAGGUCUCGCAUCUUAAACCCGAACUGUUUCAGCCGAUCCCAAACCUGCAGCUUCUCGAUCUUUCCAAAAACAAGCUCACAUCUCUGGACUUCCUGUCCCAGGUGAACCUGUCUGCACUCAGCUCUUUGACACUGGUAAAGAAUCAGUUGACGGUGAUCGACGAGUCCGUCUUCCAGUCUCUCCCUGCUCUAACAUACCUGGACCUGUCCGGUAACCCUUUCACUUGUGACUGCUCCAACGCCGGAUUCAUCCAGUGGGCGAAGAACAACAACCAAACUCUGGUUGAUAACGGACAUCAGUACGACUGUGCCUUUCCUGCGGCUCAACAGGGGAGAAAGCUGCUGGACUUUGACGUCCAGUCCUGUUGGACAGACUAUGGCUUCCUCUGCUUUGUUUCCAGCACCUGUCUGACUUUACUCACUCUCCUCACGUCCUUCACCUACCACUUCCUGAGGUGGCAGCUGGCCUACACCUUCCACCUCUUCCUGGCCUUCCUCUACGACAGCAGGAAGAGGAAGAAGGGCGCCGCUCAUCAGUACGACGCCUUCAUCUCCUACAACGUUCACGACGAGGCCUGGGUCUACAGGGAGAUGCUUCCUGUGCUGGAAGGAGAGCAGGGCUGGAGACUGUGUCUGCACCACCGAGACUUCCAACCAGGUAAGCCCAUCGUGGAGAACAUCACAGACGCCAUCUACGGCAGCAGGAAGACCAUCUGUGUGAUCAGCUGGCGCUACCUGCAGAGCGAGUGGUGCUCCAGAGAGAUCCAGAUGGCCAGCUUCCGUCUGUUCGACGAGCAGAAGGACGUGUUGAUCCUGCUGUUUCUGGAGGACAUCCCGGCCCGCCAGCUGUCUCCGUACCACCGCAUGAGGAAGCUGGUGAAGAGACGCACCUACCUGAGCUGGCCGCUGGCCGGCCGCCACACGGGAGUCUUCUGGCAGAACGUCCAGAGAGCUCUGGAGACGGGGGACGCUCCCACCGAGACGAUAGAUAGAUAAAGAUAGAAAUACGCUUCUAAGUAAAGAAUCUCAGGCUGCAGCGAAAAGUUCCAUUAGAGAUUCAUCUGCUGAUUAUUUUCUUCAUGCUUUUGCAGAAAUGAGCAAAAUGACAAUUAUGAUUCACAUAUUUAAGUUAAAAAAAGUUUUUUUGUGCUUUAAUACAGAAAUGUCCAACUUCAAUGGAUAAAUGUCCAACUUUAAUGGAUAAAUGUCCAACUUAAAUUGAUAAAUGUCCAACUUAAAUUGAUAAAUGUCCAACUUUAAUGCAGAAAUAUCCAACUUGAAUGGAGAAAUGUCCAACUUUAAUUGAGAAAUGUCCAACUUUUGUUGUCAACCUUGUCAAAUGUCAACCCUUUGGAGUGAUUUUGUGUUCUUUGUUAUUUUCCCCCUUUAGUCUUGAUCCAGUUUUUCAUAGUGUUUUGGUAGAAUCUUUUAUUUUUCCUAUCAGGUUUUGUUCCUCCCUUUUGGAGCGCUUUUAUUUAGUAGUUUUCCCCCUGAGGGUUUAGUUUGUUUUCCCCCCUUAUCUUAGAUUAGGAUUUUUAGUUUUUAGUGUAGAUAGAUUCAGUAUUUAUCCUCCUUUGGAGCGACUUGUCUUUGUUUGGUUUGGUGUUUCAUAGCCCUUUUCUUUCACACUGUGAGGAUUUACCCUGCUGCAUUCUUUCAAUAAAGAAACUUUUAAGUUCACCUGCCAGUCCAAACCUUUCCGUGUGUGUUGAACCAUAUUUGGGCACGUUUCUCUUCCUGCAGUCAUUGUUUACUGUGACGCAGCAUUUGUUGGGUAAAUGUUGGAGUUUUAUAGAAGAGGUCAGGCUGGUUCCAGCUGGAUGAAGCAGCCGUGAACUUUGUAUUUCUACAGUGUGUGUUGGUGGCUGACGGUGAGUCAGCAAAUUAGUAACUGAUCAGUAAACAAACCGAUCUGUGUUUUUCUUCACGUCUGCAGCAAAACAGGAAAUUCCCUUUUAACCCUGUGGAGUUUCCUGGAGCUCCAAAUAAUCCAGACUUGUUGCCUCCAUCAGACUAGAAAACAAAGCAGCGUGGAGCCCUACUGUACAUUUACCUCUAAAGUUCUGGCUGUAAACUCCAUGAGGCCAGUUUCAGUUUGAUGAUGAUAUACCAAGUAAAACUGGAGACAAGCUCAAAUAGAUUUAGUAUCAAAUGAUAGAACUGGAUGGAACCCUCUUAUAUGGUAGAUUUGACACCUUUGGUCACAUUUGACACAUUUACAAUUCUUUAUUGAGCAUGAUAGUGUUUUGAAAGUUAAAAAAUGAUUCAAAAUCACAUUUUAUGUUGGACUAAAGGACUAAAAAAAACACAAAAUGACCAAAAAAGACACUAAAUGACUGAAAAGACACAAAAUGACAAAAAAGACACUAAAUGACUGAAAAGACACAAAAUGACCAAAAAAGACACAAAAUGACAAAAGAAGACACUAA